AUGGCCACUGAGAAAUCCAAAUCAACCGAUCAGGAUCGCGUUCGUGCCACUGCCUUGCGCCAAGCCAAGGACAUCGAAGACAGAAAGAAGUUGCAAACCCGCAUAGCCGACCUCAUCGUAGAGGCAUUUGAUCUUCCUUCUAGAUCAGAUGCUGACCCGGCGCACCCAGACCCGGCAGACGCUUCCUUGUUCAGACACUGCCUGAGCCUGUUUCAAGCAUCCGAUCUUGAUGAUCUCAUCUAUGAGCGAAACGUAGACAACCGAUGUGGCUACGCUCUUUGUUCGAGACCUAAUCAGAAACUGGCGCAUGGCGGCGAGAAGGUGUGGAAUCAGAAAGGUGGCAAGGACUUCAAAUUGAUCAACAGAACUGAGCUGGAAAGGUGGUGCUCAAAGUCUUGCCAGGAGAGGACCUCUUUCGUGCGAGCCCAACUCGGAACUGAGCCAGCGUGGCUUCGUAUCAUUAGGGCUGUCGACAUCAAGCUCCUCGAUGAAGUUGACGCUGACAAUCUGACCAAGUCUUUCAAGACCCUAGCGAUAGCGAAAGCCGACGACAAUGAUAUGGCCGAGAAGAUGCAAGCCCUUGCAUUGGAGCGCGGCGAGCUUAAUGUCAAAUCCGACGACAGUGCUGUUAAUGUAAUGGAGAGAUCAACUGACAUAAUUCCCGAAGCUCCCACCUUGCGAGGAAGUCAGCGAGGGGGUGUUUUUGAAGGCCACGCACCACGAAAGGUGCAUUUCUCGGAAAAGUGA